AUAAACUCAUUACCCCAAGGGGAAGGGUUCCGGUUGGGUAUGUUUAGCAACGAGAUAAACUUUCUUACGGAUUGUAUAGUAACUCCAUAGAUUUUUACAUUUCCUCCCUUCUCCUUCACUGCAAACAAACCCGAACUCUACGAUGGCAAUUGUACCCCAAUUUCCCUCUAGACUUCAUUAGUACGCAGUGAAUUCAAGAUUCUAGCCUCCAGGACCACAGAUUGAGAAAUCCCAGUGACUUAUUACAAGCACAGUGAGUUCUCCUAUUCUCCACUCUACUGUGUCACUAUGUUUUUUGCAUUUCUUGAUAUCAAACUGUUCCCAAUCAACAAGGCUGUAGUAUAUUCAACACCCCCACUUUUUUUCCUCCACACCAAGCCAUUGUUUCUCAGACCCAUUUCCUCAGUCCCACUCUGUAGUAGCCUGACAAACACAAGUGGGUUGUAUCCACAGACUGAUUUGUCUCCGGUAACUUUAACUAAAUCCACUUCGUCAAAUCAAGAUUCAUAUGUUGUCUCCUACCUCAUAGAUUCAUGUGGGUUGUCGCCAGAAAUUGCUAUUUCUGCUUCUAAGAAGUUGGAAUUUGAAACCCCAGAAAGGCCAGACUCCGUGCUUAACCUUCUUAGAACCUAUGGAUUUACAGAUACCCAGAUUUCCAAGCUUGUGCGGAAACAACCAAAGCUGCUUUUAGCCAACUCUGAGAAAACCCUUUUGCCCAAACUCGAGUUUUAUCAGACCUUUGGUGUUUCAAGAUCUGACCUUUUAAGAGUUCUUUCUGGAGAUGCAAACAUGUUGUUAAGAAGCUUAGAGAAUCACAUCAUACCUUCCUACAAUUUCUUAAAGUCUGUGCUGAAAUCUGAUAAAAAGGUGCUUUAUGCCAUGAAGCGCACAUCAUGGAAUGUUUCAGCAGAUUAUACGAAUUAUGUUGCUCCAAAUAUUGCUGUUUUGAGGGGAUUUGAUGUGCCCGAAUCAAAGAUUGGGUUGUUAUUGACUCAUCACCCUGAGGCUAUAUUGAAAAAGCCUGAGCACUUUAAGGAAAUUGUUAACAUGGUUAAGGAAAUGGGGUUUGACCCUUCUAAAUCGACAUUUCUGCAAGCAGUGCAUGCCAUAGGGAAGAGUAACAAGGCCAUUUGGGAUCGAUGCUGUGAAUCAUUUGGGAAGUGGGGUUGGUCUAGGGAUGAGAUUCUCUCGGCAUUCAAGAAGCAACCACAUUGUAUGAUUCUAUCAGAGAAGAAGAUUGCAAGAGGAAUGGACUUCAUUGUGAACAAGAUGGGGUGGUAUUCCAAAGACGUUGCAAGAAAUCCUACGAUUCUGCUUUAUAGCUUGGAAAAGAGGAUUGUCCCGAGGUGCUUGGUUAUUCAAGUCUUGUCAUCGAAGGGCUUGCUAGAGAAAGAUUUGAACUUGAGUACAAUAUUGAUGCCACCAGAGAAGAGGUUCUUGGAGAGGUUUGUGAUUAGUUAUGAGAAGGAAGUUCCUCACCUGUUGGGUGUAUAUCAAAGGAAGGUGGAUAUUCUGGACUCUGGAGUUAUAAAUUGAACAGCGAUGGGUUCCUGUUACCAAUUGUAAACCCCAAAAGCAAAGAGUUGUAGUUUGCAAACAGGAGAAUCAGAAUAUGAAGCACAGGGAAAGCUAAGCAUCACUGCCCCUCUAUUCCGGUGAGUUUCUUCCCCUUAUUGCACGGGUUUUUUGUUACCAUCGUUGAAACACUGUUUGCUUUCCUUCUCUACAGAACCCAUUUCGAAUUCAAUAUGGUUCUCUUUCGAAUUCAAAUGAUUCUUUUCUUUUGUAUUCCCUGAAAAUUGAAUAAACCAAACCAAACCAAAUUGAGCCUUAUGUCCCAAUCACUUGGGGUUGGUUACAUGAAUCCUUUUCUUCCAUUGAGCUCUGUCAAGGGCCACUUGUUCACACAAACCCAUUAUACUGAUAUCUUUGCGCUUCACAGCAUCUAAUGUCAAUUUAGGUCUACCCCUGCCCGUAGCAUUGCUACCCAAAACUAUCAUAUCCGCUCUCUUAACUACUGCAUCCCUGAAAAUUGAACAAGUACCAAAAAAUUUAGAGCUUCUCGUACCAAAAAAUUUAGAGCUUCUCAGAACCCUCUGGAACUGUGGAUUCCCUAGCACCCACAUCUCCAAACAGGUCAAUGCAUACCCAAAGGUCGUUUCUUGAGAUCCACUGAAGAGUUGUUUCAUUCAAUAGGUUUAUCGCCUACGGACCUUCCAAGAACUAUCUGGGCAUCCAAUAGAAGCUUAGAAAAGCAGCUCAUGCUGCUCAUCCCUUGUUAUAAUUUCCUGAAGAGUGUACCUUCAACCGAUGAAAAUGUCGUUAAAGUCUUAAUGCAUAGUUGCAGCAUUCCUAGGCACAGCGUGGAAAAAAAGAUUGCCCCAAAUAUAUAGUGGCCUUGAGAGGAGCAGGGGCACCUGAGUCCAUUAUCUUGUGUACGCUGUAUUGUUCCCCUGGCACACUGACUCAUAGGAGUCAAAAAUUUCAAGAAAGUGUCAGCAGGGGUAUCAGAAUGGGGUGUGAGCCGGGUAGUACGACAUUCAUUUACGUCGUCCAAGUGUUGUGUGAAAUGCAUGACUCAACAGGGGAAAAAAAACAUGGGACCCGGAAUUUGAUGUACGCAUUUUGAUGUUUUCCGGAGAUGGGGUAAUGAUAAUAUUAUGGUGGCAUUCUGAUAGCACCUGUUUUGUAUGUAUUUCUGAAGGGAGAAGUUAUGGGAACAAUAGGUUUUCAAGUGGAAAAUUUGGGUUGGCAGCUCUGAAUUGUUCCCAGAUAACUGCCCGAGCUCUUCUACAAUCUGGAGAAGAGGAUCAUCCAUGAUGCAGGUUGAUUAAAAUACUAAUGGAAAACAGAACUACUAUUUUACUACGCAGUGAGAAAUGCUUCUUGGAUAAGUUUGCGAAGAAUUGGUGGUCUGAUGGAUUUUUAACUGAUUCUGGAACCGAUAUUCGGAUACAAGACAUGAAAAGAGCUGAAAACUUUUCGCAUUUAAAUCUUGUAUGAAUGUUAGUUUAACGCAUCCAUUUGACUGAACUUUUAGUUUUUCCUUGCAUCACUGUUUUCUCUGGUUCCUGCCAGGGGAGUUUUGAGCCUUCUUUGGAAAAGCUAUCCUUUCUCUUAGCCUUAUUUGUAGUGUGAGUUUGGACAGUGGUAAAGGAAUGUUUCUGCAAUUUAUGCUCGGACGAAUUAUUCUUUGGACCAGCUCCAGUUCAAUUCUCAUUCGCCUUGAAAAAUGCAAAAUUAGUUUUAGUUCAUUAAGUAUGAGCAUUGUUACAAAUACAGAUGUCCAAAUGAAAAUGCGUCUUGAAUGGUUCGAUGCACAUAAGUUCCACACGAUCCAUAUAAAAUUCACUCUUUCAACAGCUCUAGAUCUUGACAUAUCAGUGUCAAGAUAUGUUCCGGACACCUGCGUUUUAAAGUAUUUUCUAAUUUCACAUUGUUUCUCCACUCAUCUAUUUUGAGACGUCCCCAAUGUUUGUUUAAGUCUUCUGUACAAACCUUUUUCAUUGUCCCUUCUUUGCAAGUGGAAUGUCAAUCAAGUAGUAGGCAUCAUGUACUUUCUAUGCACUUGAUAGAGAUUUAAGAUUCACUCAUUAAGACUAACAAUGCUGACUUUCCCUGAGAAAAAAAAAUCCCUCCUUUCGUUAUGUAGCAAAUAAACUCUAACUCUGUCUUGGGGUGAUAAACGAGCUGAACAAUAUUGGGUAAUCAAGCUUGGUUUAAAUAUUUAACGAGUUUUUAAAAAAUGUUCAAAAUUAGCAUGUUUAUGAAAUGCGCAGAUUUCAAAUGAGCUUUAAUCAAACCGAACACAAGUUGAUCACGAGUAACUUGAGUUUUUUUACAUCAUAAGCCGAACAAGUUAAGUAAUAGCUUCUUUGAGCUCUGUAUGAGAUUUUAAGGAGCUUUACAAAAUGUUCAAGCUAAUUUUUUUUGUAUAAUAAAUACUCCUAUAUGUUUUUUUAGUGGAAGAAUAAAAAAAACUUCAAUGAUGAUAAUAAAAAUUACUACAACCUACUGUGUGUAUUUAAUACAAUUAAUAAAGACAAGAUUAAUAAAAAUUACUACAACCUACUGUGUGUAUUUAAUACAAUUAAUAAAGACAAGAUAAAUAAAUAAUAAAGAGACCUUAAGAAAGUUUUUAAUAAUCGAACUCGAAAUCAAGUAACUUGAAUCGUUCCGCGGCUCUUGGCUAUGUCGACCUCAUUAGUGUGGUCAGCGGUCGGGUCCGGAUUACCGUUUAAAACCACCAAAAUCCAAACCCGGUGACAAAUUGAUACUAUCAGCCGAUACGGGUUCAACAACAGCUACUCCUUUUCCCAGCUUGUCACUGCACAGCUUUCCGCCGAUGAAGAAGCACGACCUUUCAAGAUAAGUUUUCCAGGGCCACAGAUCGAGAAAUCCCAGUAACUUGCAAGGUAAAGUUGAGCUCUUCUCUUCUCCACUCUACCAUCGGCAACUAUGCCCUCUGCGCUUCAUAGUAUGAAACUUGUCCAAAUCAAGAAGACGGUAGUAUAUUCAAUACCCCCACUUGUUUUCCUCCACACCAGGCCAUUGUUUCUCAGACCCAUUUCCUUAGUCCCACUCUGUAGCCUUACAAUCUCACGUGGGACUGAUUUGUCUCCGGCAACUCUAACUAAAUCCACUUCGUCAAAUGGAAAUUCCUAUGUUGUCGCCUACCUCAUAGACUCUUGUGGGUUGUCACCAGAAGGUGCUAUUUCUGCUUUUAAGAAGUUAGAAUUUGAUACCAGAGAGAGACAAGACUCCGUGUUCGAUGUAUUUAGAACCAGAGAAAGACCAGACUCCGUGCUUGACCUAUUUAGAACCUAUGGAUUUACAGAGACCCAGAUUUCCAAGCUUGUGCGGAAGCGACCAAAGCUGCUUUUAGCCGAUCCUAAGAAAACCCUUUUGCCCAAACUCUGAGUAUUUUUGGACCUUUGGUAUUUCAAGAUCUGACCUUGCAAGAAUUCUUUCUGGACCCCAGUCAUCUUUGGAAGAAGCUUAGGGAAUCACAUCAUACCUUCCUAUAAUUUCCUAAAGCCUGUGCUUCAAUCUGAUAAAAAGGUGCUCUGUGCCAUGAAUACCACGUCAUGGAAGCUUUCGGCGGAUUAUACAAAACAUGUAGUUCCAAAUCUUGCUGUUUUGAGGGAAUUUAAAGUGCCCAAAUCGAGUAUUGGAUUGUUAUUUGCUAAUCCUGCCUCUGUAUUGAAAAAGCAUGAGCAGUUUAAGGAAAUGGUUAACAUGGUAAAGGAGAUGGGGUUCGAACCUUCUAAAUCGACAUUUGUGCUAGCGUUGCAUGCCAUUUCAGGGAAGGGUAACAACUCCAUUUGGGAUCGAUGCUAUGAAUCAUAUGGGAAGUGGGGUUGGUCCAAGGAUGAGAUUCUCUCGGCAUUCAAGAAGCAACCACAAUGUAUGGUUCUGUCGGAGAAGAAGAUUGCAAGAGUAAUGGACUUCCUUGUGAACAAGAUGGGGCGGCAUUCCAAAUCCAUUGCAAAUUAUCCUACAAUUAUGCUUCUGAGCUUGGAAAAGAUGAUUGCCCCGAGGUGCUUGGUUAUUCAAGUCUUAUUAUCGAAGGGCUUGCUCAAGAAAGAUUUGAGCUUGAGUACGAUAAUGACGCCACCGGAGAAGUGGUUCUUGGGUAGGUAUGUGAUUAGAUAUGAAAAGGAAGUUCCUCAACUAUUGAGUGUAUAUGAAAGAAAGGUGGAUGUUCUGGAUGUUAUAAAUUGAACAGCGAUGGGUAAAAUUUUGAAGCAAAUUUGCUUUUUCCCA